CGGUAAACAGCCCCGACCGGACCGACAGCGGCCGCCUGCAGCCUCCGACUCCCCGACCGCCUCCACAGAAACAUGGCGAGCCGAGUCCUUCAGAGAGUGGCCACCGGCCUUCACAGGACGAGAACCGGACUUCAGGCGAACGUCCCGGCUUCCGUCACCUCCAGAGCGCUCUCUGGAUUUAAAUCUCUUUUUGUGAGAAAAGUUGACCCCAGAAAAGAUGCUCACUCUCAUCUACUUGCCAAGAAAGAGGACAACAAUCUGUACAAAAUACAAUUUCAUAAUGUCAAACCAGAGUGCCUUGACGCUUACAAUGAACUUUGUGAAACAGUGUUACCCUCCAUUCAUGCUGACCCUGAAUACCCCUGUGAGCUGGUGGGCACCUGGAACACAUGGUACGGCGAGCAGGAUCAGGCAGUUCACCUAUGGAGAUAUCGGGGAGGAUACCCGGCUCUCACCGAAGUCAUGAACAAACUCAGGCAGAAUAAGGCGUUUAUGAACUACAGGGACGAGCGGGGAAAGAUGCUGCUGUCUCGUAGGAACCAGCUGCUGCUGGAGUUCAGCUUCUGGAACGAACCCGUCCCUCGCCCAGGACCAAACAUCUACGAGCUCCGAUCAUACCAGCUCCGACCGGGGACAAUGAUCGAGUGGGGAAAUUAUUGGGCUCGGGCGAUUGAGAUUCGCCAGCAGAACCAAGAGGCCGUGGGAGGCUUUUUCUCUCAGAUCGGAAGUCUAUACCAAGUUCAUCACCUAUGGGCUUACAAAGACCUUCAGUCCAGAGAGGAAAUUAGAAAUGCGGCGUGGCAGCGGGAUGGCUGGGAUGAGGUGGUUUAUUACACAGUCCCUCUUAUUCAGCACAUGGAGUCCAGAAUAAUGAUCCCCAUGAAGACGUCCCCCAUGAAGUAACCACAGACAGAAGCCGUCAGCGCUACAACGACACUGACCUGAGGAGUGUAACCAACCACCAGAAUGUACACUGCCAGGAGAUUCAGCACAGCCUAAAUAUAGUUUUCCUUGCUUCAGUUCUUUUUGUUUUCCCAAGUCCCUCUUUCUACCUUUUUUUUUUGUUUGUUUGUUUGUUUGUUUUUAAGAAUAUUGGGUCAUUAUCUCCAGAAUUGGAUGAGUUACUGAGUUGAUGCAGUUACUGAUUUGGCCUCCUCCUCAUCUGCCUUGAAUAAUCACACAAAAAUGAGAAUGAUUCAUUAGCUUUGUAGGAAACUAAAACUAAAAGAAAAAACAUUGAGUGUCAGAUGUUACGGGUUGUGCUGACUUUAUGGAUACAAACAGGCUUAAUUCUGAUUUUGCUCCCUUUUCUUCUUAACAAAGGUGUCAUGUUUACAAAAUUUCUAUCUAACCACCUGACGGGGAUCUGAGGCUAAGAUUCGAUUCAGAAUUAUUAAGGUAUUCAUGAUCCAAAAAAAGAAGACUCUCACAAGUUGAAGUUCACAAGGAUGCCAAAAAAUGUUGGAAAAUGAAGCGUUUCAGCUCUUUAGGUUUAUCUGGAAACACACAAUGUGCUGAAUCCUUUGCCUUGUUUUCUUUCCUCCUUUUCUUUACCGAUCACACCUCCAGUUUGUCUCUUUAACUCUAUUGUGACACUCCUGGCUCUUCCAGUUGUGCAAAUAAUGCAGGAAUAGGAAAAUGUUUCUAAAUUGUAUUCUGGUUAAGCAGAGCCAAUGAAUAUUUGCAGAAUAAGCUACUGCUGACUGGUUUGGGCUUACUCCAAAUCAAUAGAUUAGCAUCAGGGUGACUGUGUGCUCUUACUGAGAUUAAUUUUUAAGCAAUGCCACCAUGUUGUUGUUGAUUGAGGGGGGGGGGUCUUUAAAAUCACCUCUUGUUGUCUGAAGAGUGGAAUUUAAGAACAUUAGUUGUACAUAUUGAAUUAAAUUUCUGAUUAAUAGAA